AGAACACAAUGCUUGUCAAAAUCUCACCCUCCAUGAAAAAAAUUUGCUAUACGUUGGCUACAACAUAGGCAGAAGACACAGUUUGACUUUUUUGCCUUUAACAUGUAGCCUGACAUUGAAUCUCCAACAUUCCAAAACAAAUCCAUCCAUCGAACUGGUUGAGGCGCAAUUUUGCCUAUUUUAUACAUAAACAUAAAAAGAAUAAAGGAAUAACAUUGUGUAAAAAGUAUUAAAUUCUAGCUCUUUAAAUAUUAUUGUUAAUUGAUUGAAGUUGAAAGUCAUGAAAGUUUGCGAGAAUCAGUAUCAAAUUGCAUCGUAAAUCUAGUGAACGUCUCUCUAAAAACGUGUCAUUUUACACCGUCACAUUAACCUUUGUUUGUUGAAGAGUCGUCACUGGAAAACUCAUUAGCAUGAAAUCAAUUCCUCAUUCAAAACAUGAAUAACAGAGAAAUAACUUCAUACAGAAUACAAAUAUUGGUACAAUAUAUGAUUAUAUUAUUUUGGCUGGAGUGUAACGGAAUAUACAGUCACCAAAGGACGGAAAUGGUGUGUCAUUAAUAAAACAUCGCUCAUCAUCACUAUUUGCAGAUUAGUUUAUGUACAAAAUACAAUAAGAUCUCUCUCCGAAUGUGUCAUGUACUUAAUGUACUGAGAAAAUUGAAAUACAGGCGUGGAGUUAAUGAUGAAGGUACUUUGACCCACUGAAAACUUGCUGUACCUCGAGUCAUUUUUGUGUGAUUGUGCGUGGGUGGUGUUCUUCUGGUGUCAAGAUUUAAUUUUAUUUAUCAUUCCUGUUUAAAUGCAGCUCUGAGUCAACGUUUGUUGUAAACCCGUUAAUGAUAUGAGUUAUCUAGUUUGUAAUUAAUGUAAACAGCGUUCAGUAUUCGUUCACAGUAGACCGAAAAACUUAUCUGGUUAGUGUCUAAUCACUUUCCAUUAUUGAUAAGCCUGUUUGUAAGAUAAGGAUACAAAAUCUGUAAUCACAAAUCAUAUUUAUGAGAUUUUCUCAAGUUUAAUAACAUCCCACCAAUACAACUCACCAUUAUAAAUUUUAAGAUAUAGAGACCCCUUAUUUCUAUACUCGUCAAAUAACUUGUCACGAGUUAUAUCAUAUAUUAUCAACAGAUAAUAAUAUUACUCUCUUAAGUUACGAGCUUAUAUAUAGUUAGUUAGUUAGUCAGUCAAUCCAUCUUUUGUGUCAAUUAUUCUAAUGUUAAAUUCUUCGUCUAACGACGACAUUGGUGGUGAUUUUCACGACGGGAGGAAUCGGUGUGAGGAAGCGUACUAUUUUUGUCAGUGUGACAGACUUCUGUGUUCAGGGGAUCCGGGGGGACGUCGUUGGUUUGGAAUUGGUCAUUCUGGUCAGUCUACGGGGCUGAGACAAUCCUACGCCAUGAAAACCAGACAGCGCUGGCUGCUUAUGAUUUUCAUCCUCUCGGCAUUUUUAGCCCUCCUCCUCCUCAUCUUCAGUGGGAGUGGUGGGAGUGGGGCUGGAAAAGCUCUCAAUUUGAACCUCGACCUGGACCAACUCACAGAAAGAAACAAGUGCCCGGCAUGCUUCGGGGUCAAACUUUGUCCUGAAAUGAUACAAGGAAAAAUUAAACUCACCGACUGGACAAAGUAUUCCGUGACGAAGUUGAUGAAUCAGAAAAAUGUGUUUUAUGCCGAUUGGAAUAUUCGUGGGAAGGAGACGAAACUCAUCCUAAAGAAGCUUGCUCAUGACAAUGAGUUGGAUAAUCUUGACAAAACAAUAUGUGAACGACAUGGUCGUGACCAUGCUUGCGAUGUGACAAGAUCUGUGCAAUAUCUUAUUGAUGAAUACUCCCACGCUUCACAAGUUCAUCCUGGACAAAACAUUUUGCACGGGGGGAAAAUUGGGGAGGGGUCUGAUAUUCUGUUGUGCCCAUCGCAUAGGAAAAUGGAAUUUCUUGUGGCUGCUGCAAAAAAGUUUAAUAAGGGACAAAAUCCUAAAACCAUAUUGGCAAAUGUUCUUACCACUAUUUUGCUCAAUCCUGAACCCUUAAUCUUGGAAGCAUUCACGGCUAGCGAUGGGUGGCCAUUCCCAAAAUAUUAUGGGUCAUGUGGACGAAUUGUAGCAGAAGAAUACGUUGGCCGAAGUUUAAGUCAAUAUAUGCAUGAACCGUUUAAGACACGAGCACACCUAGCAUUACAGUUAAUUGAGAUGGUAAACAAAUUUGGAGAAAAUCCUACCAAUUUCAUUCUGUAUAUGACGGAUCCAUCUCCGGACAAUUUUGCCGUGAACGAAAACACAAAUUCACUAAAGAUGAUUGAUCUUGAGAAUAUUAUUGUGGUGGAUAAAGAAGAACUAAUACUGAGCAAAACAAAGGAUGCUGAUAAACUUCUAGUGUCAGAAUCCAUGGAUUGUGAAAAGAACAAAGGAGGUGCUAUUUCAAAAUGUUUUUCAUUCUCUACAGACGACCUCUGCGUCCGACCAUUGACGGAUCAUAAUUAUUAUGCAAUUUGUGCUGGAAUUCUGGCACCCAACCCACUCUCUUCAGAUUUUGCACCAGGUCUUCUUCAUUCUAUUCCAGAAAACGACAAGGCAAAACUUCCACAGUUUACUGAACUUCUUAGCCAGUGCAAGGACCCUUCCCUUGGAUCUCUCGAUUUGAAUCGUAUUGAAGCAGCGCAGGAAUUACUUCACAUUCUCAAAGAUUACUUGAAGUAAAGUUUAGAUUUGAUUAUUUAUGGAUGUGAAUUCAUGUAAGGUUGUAAGGCAAUGCUGUAUUAUAAUUAUACGUGGUUGCAAUUUGUUAGUGAGAAUUUUAAUGUAUAAGUAUACAUAAGUGUACAUAUGCCGUUAUAUGAGACGCUUGUUUGACGCUGUGACUAGUCAACACAUAAUUCUGAUAAGUGUGUAGGUUAGCAUUUACAUAUUUAUUGCAUUUUAAAUAUUGUUGAAAUAUUUAUUGCAUUUUUUACAAACUCUGUGGGUUGUGUUCUUUAAACUAUAACGAAAUCAGUUGGAAUAUUUAAUUGUAGUAUUGUGCCACCUUGAUUAAUGCUGAAUAGAAUAAAUACUGCAAAAUAAGAUUGUUCUUAUGUAAUUGAAAUAUGUGAUUAAGAAAAGUGAGAUAUUAAAUAUCACAGUUUAUUAUAUGUAUAUGAGACUUAAAUCUUAAUUAGAAAAAUAAAUUCAAAAAUAAUUGUGAGUAGUAAUAAAAA